AUGGGGGAUAUUAGUAAUGUGGUUUGUGUAGGUAGGUGGUGGUGGUGGUGUGGGGGGGAAUGGAGAAUUGGGAUUGGGCGUUAUGUGGAGGGUGGUGGUGGUUUGAAUGCUGGAUCAUGGUAGAUUGCGGGUUUGUAGAGUAGGGUUGAGUAGAGUAUAUUUGGGUGGUUGAGUGGAGUACGGUAGGUGAGUUGGUUUGGAGAAUUGGGGAUGUGUAAAUUUAUGUUCUGCAUCGUCUCAUACCUAUUGCACUAUUUUUAUGAGUGAGUGAACGGGUCCUCGAGCUAUGAUGCAUACGGCACGCAGGCUUUGGAUUCCAUAGAAUUGACGCGCACAAUGUCUCA